UAACCACCGACUCGAUAAUCGUGUUGACCACCCAUAAGAAAGCUUAUUCAUUGGCAAACUACCAUAAACAACUUUCACCAAACACAAUGUUGCUUAAACAAAUUCCGCAGAGUGUACUGAGAUCUUCUGAAAUUUUUGUUGAUUCAAUUAGAAAAUUUAUUGAGAGUUUAUCAUACUUUAUGAUCACACCGUGGAUUAUAAGGAGGAUGCCGGGCGUGAGAGGGCACGUCGAGGAACUUCUUCGAAAUAAAGAGUGGCUACAUGAAGAAUUACUGAGAAUCAUUCGGGAGAGGCGAAAGGAGAUUGAAGGGAUCUGUGAGAACGAGAGCAAAUUAGGAGGCGCAGAAAAUCACAUGACCGCAGAGGAGAAAGAAAAAGGCGUUUAUAAUAAUAAUAAUGAGAAUAGCGAACUGAGAGCAGAUCUAUUGACCAUGCUUUUGACGGUUAAUACAAAGUUUGAUAUUACCCAGGGCAUUGGAAAUGAGAUAAACUGCGAUCCUAUAACUGACGAUGACAUCCAAGAAGUUAUGGUUGAAGUCUUUGCCGGCGGAAUUGAAACGACUUCAAGUACGAUUUGUCACAUCGUUUAUUUUCUCGAACAUUUUCCGAAGGUCAAGCGACGGCUCCUGGAAGAAUUAGAAUCCGUAUUUGGUCGGGAUCCCAAUUAUCGAUUCAAGUUUGAGGAUCUGGGAAAACUCGAGUAUUGCGAGGCAAUUAUCAAAGAAGGUGAACAUAACCCCAGUUUUUUACGUGACAACGUGAAAGGAUUAGAUUCGGGCAACAAGGUCGAAAAGGAAUCGGCAAUCGGUUUAUGA